AUGCCGACCAUCACUGCGCCGCUUCAAGAUAUCAGCCCCACAAGAGUCUUACUUCCGGUAACCUCGUCUGAAGCUGCGUCGUUGAAGGGACACAAGGCAAAGACACCGAUUCUUGCUGGGAGUAUAUGUGGUGGAGUAAUGGGUCUGGCGUGGAUCAUUGGCUUCACAUACUACUUCAUAAAGCGGGCUCGACGAAAGAAGAGAAAGGCAGCUAUUAGGGCGGGCCUCAUCCCCCCACCUGAACCAAAAGUCUCAGAGGAGCCCGAAGAAAAGAUCAUCAUCCCCCCCGAUCCAGCUGUCUUGCUAGGACAGCGCCAGCCUGGCGAACACGUCUACGUGAAUGGCAAAUUGCUUCCCAGUAGACCGUCUAUGGGCUCAAGACCAGUCUCUAUGGAUGCCCGCCCUUCUGUGGACGCCCGACCGUCUAUGGGUUCACGACCAGUAUCAAUGGGCCCUCGUCGACCAUCCCAAAGUGCCGCCCCACCGGGCUCCUCAGUGCCACCAGCCGCCCGGCCAAACUCAAGUGAUACGCCUCCUGCUACGCCCGUUACGCCCUUGACAGCCAAGAUAUCAGAGGAGAUGAUAAUACCGCGGCACGUCUGA